GAUACGGAAAACAGAGUAAUCUAAGUAAUCAUUUCGUGCUCGGAUUGGUUCUCGUUACUUCGGGUAUCUAUGAGUAACGAGUACUCGAGUUUCGCAUGAUUACUCUUUCAACACCACUAGCACUCAGUCUGGAAAGCACCUGGAAAGUAUCGUAAUGAAUUCUGAAACUGUUCAUCUGUUUGUAUUUGUAGUGUCGUUAUUCUAAAAUUUUGUCGUCUGUGUUAAUUGACAUUUUACCUGCUGCCCUGCCAAUAGUGCUGUCAUAUGUUUGUUCUUGGUUAGAAAAUAAUCAACAAACGCUUAUUUCAAACAAAUAUCCAUAUGCGACGCUAAUCUGUAAGCCUAGAGCCCGAAAAUGUGGGAUUCCGCGGUGUUUCUGAGCAAUCUCACUCCGAAGUUUUACGUAGCUUUAACUGGGACUUCUUCACUCAUCUCUGGGCUUAUUCUCAUCUUCGAGUGGUGGUACUUUCGCAAAUAUGGGACGUCGUUUAUAGAACAAGUCUCGAUUAACCAUAUCAGCCCCUGGAUAAGCGGGGAUUUCAGUGACAGUGGCCAUGCCAAUUCAAACAAUGUGCAGUCUCAAAUACCAGAGUGCAAGGUUUGGAGAAACCCACUGAACCUGUAUAGAGGAGCUGAAUACCAGCGUUUCUAUGUAAUGACAAAAAAAGAGCCACUCACAUACUAUGAUAUGAACCUUUCUGCACAAGACCACCAGACGUUUUUCACUUGCGAAGCAGAUGCAGGAAAUGCAGAGUAUGAGAUCAUGCAGACAGCUUGGAGGGAGAGGAACCCCUCAGUAAGGUUGAAAGCAGCACAUAGUGCACUUGAUAUGAACCCUGAAUGUGCCCCUGCAUACAUCCUAUUAGCAGAGGAGGAGGCCACUACUAUUACUGAGGCAGAGAAGAUACUCAAGCAGGCACUCAAAGUGGCUGAAGCUAAUUAUAGAAGAUCACAGGUUCUGCAGGUGACUGUAUUGUAUUGUAUUUGACCAAAAUUACCAUGUCAACUCUUGAAAUGAG